AGUAAUUUUUGUAACAACAAAAAUAGAAUCCACAAUUUUUUCUGUAAUUUGUCACACUUUAGUGUAACCACAAUUUUAUUCAAUAUCUGUUGUUUUGCUGUAUCACUUGUUAAAAGACGAUGAUAAUUGUUUCGAUGAAUGAUACACACCUCUACUCCCGGGUGGUUUAAAAUAUAAAACACUACCUACGCCGUUUGUUCUUCUGUUUUAUUGGCCACCGUUUUGAUUGAAGACUAUAAUAGUAUUAUAACAUCAUUAUAGGCCUUCCGACUCAACGUUGGACUUUCGGCACGGAUUACUAUUGUCUAAUACUAUUGGACUCCGUCUUCCUCAUUACGUCAUUGGUGCAGUCACUUGCAGAGGAACACCUGUCAAUCAAGUGAACUCAGUUUGUGGUCGUUGUCCUCACGAGGCAGUUAACAAGUAACAUUCAUUCUAUAGUAACUGUUAGCGUCUGUUUUGUUUAAUAUACCUUUUGUAUUGCUAACGGUAUUUUAUUACCUUUGUUUUUACUAGCGGAAAGACAUGUAGGUUUCUCAACCAUUAAUUUGUUUUGGUAUAUCAUUGUUAACCUAGUGUAUCAAUAUAUCUUGUGUAAGCUCCUUUUGUUUGGGGACCACCAUAAAUUUGGUGAGCCCGUAAAUUAUUUUUUCUAUCGAAACUACUUUUGAGUUCACUCACAGACAUUAGGGCGUUAUUUUACCCUUGGCAGUAUUUAAAUUUUCGUAUAUUUGUAAUGUACUCAUCCGAAACUGAAGGCAUUAGCCAGGAUAACAUUUCAGCAGAGCUACACGCUCUAAAUUUGAUAAAUGUGCCCCCAUUCGGCCGAUUAAAUCCUCGCAUUUGGUUUGCGCAAGUAGAAGUACAAUUUCAGCGUCGCAACAUACGCUCACAGGCAUCUAAAUACUCUUUUGUGCUUGGAUUACUACCCACUGAAGUUGCAUCUGAGGUGUCAGAUUUGAUAGAUAGUAUUCCUGCACCUAAUCCAUAUGAUCAAUUGAAGCAGGCAAUUAUUCAACGUUUCUCAUUAUCUGAUAAAAGAGAUUACAGCAGUUACUGCACGAUUGUGAGCUAGGCGACAAAUCACCGUCUCAAUUAUUACGACACAUGAGACAAUUAGCUGGCCCUUAUAAAUUUGAUGACGCCUUCCUCAAGGAAAUUUGGCUACAACGUUUGCCAACAGUAGUUAGGCAAAUUCUUUGCGCCUCUAGCCAACCAUCAAAUUUAGAAAGUCUUGCCAGUAUGGCCGAUAAAAUUUUAGAAGUUACGCCCUGUACUACACCUUACGUACAGGCAAUAUGAGAAACUUCGAACGAUAAGCAAACUCCCACCAUAGCAUCGUUAACUGCUGAACUGGGCGAACUACGAGCACAACAUGAACGAACUGUCACCAGUCUUGAAAAUAAACUGGAUGCAUUACAAUUAAUAAUCUCCAACUUCAGAUCUACAAGACCUCGCUCUAGUUCUUGAGGGAGUAAGAAUCGAGAUAACUCAAACAGAAACAAAAACGACGACAACAUAUGUUGGUACCAUAAAAAAUAUGGUGAAAAAGCUAGGAAAUGUGUUACGUCUUGUAAAUUUUUCAAGUCAUUUUCCUCAACAAAACGUGUCAACCAAACCAUGGUAGCGACAAAUGUUUCUGGUCGUGCGCCUACUCGUCUUUUCCACGUUCUUGAUAAAACUUCAUGGUACAAAUUCUUAGUAGAUACUGGAGCUGAAGUUAGUGUCAACCCAGUUACCUUAGCCAAUAAACCUAUUGCUAAGAGUGGAAAAUAUACCCUAAGGGCAGCUAAUAAAACAGAAAUAAAGACAUUUGGCGAACAAUUUCUAAAAUUAGACUUGGGAAUUAGACGUAAUUUAACCUGGGUGUUUAUUAUUGCGGAUGUCCGUCACCCUAUACCAGGUGCAGAUUUUCUCAGUUUCUACAACCUAGUAGUUGACGUUAAGAGAAGAAAACUUAUUGAUUCCUGUACGAACCUUCAAAUCCAGGGAAUUCAGUCGGACUACCACAUACAUAGUAUUAAAAUUGACACCCCAGGGAACGACAUAUUCGCCACCAUUCUAUCUAAAUUUCCCAAAAUAACGAAACCAGACUAUAGUGAAAACACUGUCCAACAUUCUGUAGUACACCGGAUCAUCACAAAAGGUCAACCAACCUCGGCACGUCCACACCGAUUACCACCGGACGAAGUGAAUGUUGCAAAAGCUGAGUUUGAUCAUAUGAUGCAGCUAGGUAUAAUACGUCCGUCAAGUAGCCCCUGGGCAUCCCCACUCCACAUGGUGCCCAAACGAGACCAAGAUUGGCGACCCUGUGGUGAUUAUAGAUCAUUGAACAACCUGACAUUACCGGAUCGCUACCCAAUCCCUCAUUUGCAUGAUUUUUCUCUCACAUUACAUGGCAAGCAAAUUUUUUCUAAAAUUGAUCUUGUGCGAGCGUACCACCAGAUUCCAGUAGCAUCCGAGGACAUAGCAAAAACAGCCAUCAUUACUCCAUUUGGUUUGUUUGAAUUCCUAAGAAUGCCUUUUGGAUUAAAGAACGCCGCACAAACAUUUCAACGAUUUAUGGAUGAGGUCACUAAAGGCCUAGAUUUUGUUUUCGUGUAUAUUGAUGAUGUCUUAAUAGCUAGCAGUUCGCUCCAUGAACACGCUGAUCACCUACAUCAAUUAUUCGGAAGAUUUCAGAAAUAUGGCAUAGUGAUUAACCCAUCCAAAUGUAUUUUCGGAGUUGAGAGUUUAGAGUUUUUAGGUCACUUGAUCGACAAACAUGGAAUUAAACCUUUGGAUACAAAAAUAGAAGCCAUCAGGAAUUUUCCAGAACCAGACUCAUUGAAUAAAAUUCGACGUUUCUUGGGGAUGAUCAAUUUUUAUCGUCGCUUUAUUCCACAUUGCUCAGCCAUCCUACAACCUUUGACGGAGGUGUUAAAAGGUAAAGUCAAAAAGUUUACAUUACCCUCCCAAGCGAAAGAUGCCUUUUCUGCAGCUAAAACAGCAAUCGCUUCUACUACCAUGCUGACCUACUUAAGCCCUGAUCCGGAAGCAACACUAAUUCUGUGUACAGAUGCAUCACAGGCAGCAGUAGGUGCAGUACUACAACAGCGAGUUAAUGAUGAGGUCAAACCACUUGCCUUCUUUUCAAAGAAGCUAGAACCAACCCAAACUCGAUAUAGCACUUUCGGUAGAGAACUAUUGGCUAUUUAUCUAGCUGUUAAACAUUUUAACCAUUUACUGCAAGGCAGAGACUUUGUGAUACUCACUGAUCACAAACCUUUAACCUAUGCCUUUAACGCGAAAAGUGACCGUUAUUCCCCUAGAGAAAUACGACAAUUGGAUUAUAUUUCCCAAUUUUCGACCAACAUACAGUUUAUAAAAGGUGAGUCAAAUGUUGUUGCGGAUACUUUGUCACGUUUCAAUGUCGAUGCAAUUUCCUCCACCAAAGGAAUCGAUUUAUUAGACAUGGCACGUUUGCAGACAGAUGAUCCUGACCUUGAUGCUUGUAAACAAAGUUCGAGCUUGUCCUUAAACAGUGUUCCCAUACCGCAUUCUGACUCUACUAUCAUUUGUGAUACUUCUACUGGAACGCACAGACCUUUUGUGCCAAUAGUGUACAGAAAAAGAGUUUUUGAUUGUCUUCACUCACUAUCCCAUCCAGGGAUUCGUGCUACUGUGAAACUGAUUGCCGAAAGAUUUGUUUGGCCAAAGAUGAAUGCAACUAUAAAAAAAUGGACCAGGACUUGUGUACAAUGUCAACGCAGUAAAAUACAUAGACAUACGAUUACAACAUUUAGUCUACUCGACCAUCGUUUUCAACAUGUUCAUGUUGAUUUGGUUGGUCCUCUGCCCCCAUCUAAUGGAUUCACUUACAUUUUUACUGCAGUGGACCGUUUCACUAGAUGGCCGAGCAAGCAUCUAAAUACGUGUAAAUUUGUAUUUGUUCGUGUUGACUCAGUAAGACGCCCUCUACAACAUCCUUAUGAAGGACCAUAUAAAGUAGUUGAGAGGCAAACAAAAUAUUUCACAAUCAAUAAGAACGGAAAAAAAGAAACAGUUUCAAUCGACCGGAUAAAACCUGCUUUUAUAGAAUCUGAAACACAGCUUCCAGUGUUUCCAAAUAAUUCUUCACCAGCUCCGACGAAAUCAAUUUUCGGUAAAACAGACGGUUCUAAGGUUACAGUUUCCACAAAUUUAAAUCCUAGUUCCGACACUUUACCUCUACGAAAACAACUCGUUCAGGAAGACAUGUACAUUUUCCUAAAUGUUAUGUUGAAUUAAUUACUUAAUCUUUAUUCUGUCAUUACCUGUAAUGUGAUUGAAUAUCCAUAUUAGCAGAGUUACUAAUAACAUUUCUUUUUAUGCAAGCAUUUUUUUUCUAAAAAAAUUAUUGUGUACUAUUAGUAUUGAUAAAUUCAUUAUGUUUUUCUCUACAUGUGUAUGUGUUUCAUAUGAUGUUUAUUACUAAUUGUGCAAAGAUAUUCAUUUUCGUUGGACUCGUUCAGUUUAUCACUAAUUGUUUACACAAUUUAUACAUGUAUUUACACUUUUCGGUGAACCCUCAAUUUAAUUACCGUUAUUACUAAUGAUAUUAUUAUUAUUUAUACUCCGUUAUUCUUGUUAAAAUUUGUAUAUACAUUAAAGUCUCUUUACUACAAGAGAAACAUUUUGUUCUUAAAUAUGUAUACACGUUUGAUUUUUUUAAAAUAACAUUUGUUUACCCUAUUCGUUCUGUAAUUUUCUCCACCCUCCAAAGCAUUUAAAGUUUUACGUCGGGCAUACUUUCACUGACGCAUGCCCUAGGGGGGGAGUUAUAUGGUGACAUAUAUUCAGUAAUUUUUGUAACAACAAAAAUAGAAUCCACAAUUUUUUCUGUAAUUUGUCACACUUUAGUGUAACCACAAUUUUAUUCAAUAUCUGUUGUUUUGCUGUAUCACUUGUUAAAAGACGAUGAUAAUUGUUUCGAUGAAUGAUACACACCUCUACUCCCGGGUGGUUUAAAAUAUAAAACACUACCUACGCC